AUGAAACUGCCGAAAAUUGAAACAAGAUUGAAAAGCCAAAAAACCAAAGAUUCCGAAAACGUUGUUAAAGGUAAGAAACGCGCAAAAACCAAGCGAAAAGCAUCUUCCAGCACGAACACUACCAAGUGCAAGUCAUGUGGAGAACUCGGACAUGGAAGCAAAAGAAGUCCAUUAUGCCCCAAUCAUGAAGGGACAUUGGAGGAAACCAUAACAAGGAAAUUGGGUAGUUUUGAAAGUGGUCAUGUCAAGGCUCAAUUCAUUGUCAACCAUUACAUUCUUACGUAUCAUAAGCAUGUAACAAACGCGUUGUUUGAGCAAAACUUCUGGUAUACUGUCUGUCGGGUCGUCUAUGGAAGUGCCAGAAUUGAAGAUGUGGAGGCUCGUUAUCCUGAAAUGACAGGUUUCGCAGAGGCAUAUUAUACGCUCUUGAUACAUCAUCAUGAAGUCAAUCUUUCAGUAUAUUGUGGUUAUUUGGCAUAUUACGGCCAGAUUGUAUCUUCAGCAUCUAUCACUUUGGCCACAACAUAUGAAAACUAUUAUGUUGAGAACUUUGAAGACACGGUGGCAAAAUACUUUAUCUAUUAUCUUCGCCUUCAUUACCCUGAUUUCAAUGUUGACCCUAUCAAAGACCUUGUUUAUAAUCAGCUCCUUGAUUACAUUCUUCUUCAGCCAGCCGGCCAACUUUUCAACAUCAAUCCCACAACUGCUCCUAGAGAGUUUAUGCCGUUCAUCACAGAGAUGGAGCAUCCCCUAAAUGCUGCUUCAAAUCUAAUAAGAAACCGCCUUCCAACCAUACUAGCCAACAAAAGCAAUUGGAUUUCGAAGCUUUACAAGCUGCAAAACUCUGGCAUUGUUGGCCAUCAAUUUCCUGCCCGUUUGACACCGACCAAAUUCGCCAUGUUUCCAAACCCAAGUAUGAAAUGGCGGUUCAUAAAACUGGAUUCUCAAAACCUUCAUCACUUCUUUCCGUAUGAUCGUUUGACGAAACUGGACUACGAAACAGAAAUUGACUACAUUUCAAGGUUCUUUCGAUACUUUAGCUUCAUAAUAUUCAAAAUAGAUAGCAUUGAAGAGUUCAUUAAUUUACCUACAGGUAAAAAUAAAAUGUUCAUCAACUGCAUCUAUAACGGCGGAUACACAUGUCGGAUUGCCUUUGCUAGAAAGACUACCAGUAGCAUCAUUGGAAAUGUACAAUUGAGCAUAUACGACUUCACCGAAGAGGAAAUCUGUGCUGUAGACCCCGGGCGCAAAAAUGCGUUUGUUUCGUACCAUGGAGGCACAGAUGUCAGGAAGUGUUCAACUAGAGAGUGUUGCCAAUCCAUAGGAUAUAAGGGCAGGAUGAAGAUGGAAGAAGAAUUGAAACAGCAACAGGGUAUCAAAACUAUAGAGUCACUCAUCCCAUCUUUCUAUGGGUACAGAACCGCAGAGCUGAACUGGAAAAUUUUUUGUGGAAGACAAGUAUCCUUAGAGUAUGCUACAACCACCCUUUUGAAUGGAGGAAAGAAGUAUAACCCGCAGAAGAGAUCACGGCAUAUGAGUAAAAAAAGCCACAAGAAACGUAAAAAGCAAAACAAUCGACGAAAUCCCGGCAUAGCUCAUCAAUCAGUCAAUAUCAUGGAUAAUCAUCAUACGUACAAAAGGUCAUUCGAACUUGGCGAUAAGUCGAAAAUGCCACUGGUACUGUUUGGUGAUGGGUUAACCAAUGGAGCUAUUUUUUGGAAUCGUGAUGUUAUGGCUGCUCAAAACAUGUAUCAUAUUGCUCAAGAGGUUUGGGCUGGUCAUGGAAGACCUGACCCAUUUUGUCGUCAAUCACAAAGCGCCACAACGAAUGUGGUUGUCUUCCCUCGAUGGGAGACUUAA